AUGCCUGUUCAAUUUGUCAGAUCAAUGAAAGAUUUUGACGGCUAUUUGGCCAGAAAUAACUUUUUUGUUGCCAAUUUUACUGCAGUGUGGUGUCCUCCUUGUCAAGCUGUCAAGCCAGUAAUUGAUCAACUUUUUGCGGAUGAAAAUGGCAGCUAUUCCAAAAUAGGGUUUGCAAGAGUCGACUUGGAUUCUUCUCCCGAUAUUGCAUCAAGAUAUCGUGUAGCUAGUAUACCUACAUUUAUCUUUUUCGAAAAGGGAAAGGAGACGAGUAGAAUAAAUGGAGCGAAUAUAGCAGAAGUUGUCAAGCGCUUAGACCAAAUGAGCUCGAAAGCAUCUAAUGAUCCACCUGCUAGGAGGCAUGGUGCUCAGAUUCCCGUAACCAACCGUUCGCCUAGUCUUGCGGAUAACAUUAGAAAUAUACCACCAGUAACAAGGUUUUUCACUAUUUCGACAGUUAUUGUGUGCUUUGCAAACUCAUUAAACUUACUCCAAAAAGAAGAUUUAAUAUGUUAUUUACCAGUCCUUUUAGACAAGGCAUCAUAUGCAAAAGCGGUAAUAAAUAAAGGAGGACAACUCAAAGUUAUUACAGCAGUCUUGUCACUAAUCUUGCAGUGUUACAGAUUUUUCACCGCAUUCUUGUUACCACUGGGAGUCUUCACCGAUCAACCAUUUCAAGCGAUAUUAGACAUCUACUUUUUUUACACGUUUGCAAAUCACUUAGAGAGUCCAAUGGGAAAGUUCAAAGGUAACUUUCCAGACUGCUUAUGGUUCACGCUAGUUACGGGUACAAUAAUAGUGUUGAUGACUUUGGCAUAUAGUGUGUUUGAUCCUUCUCAUUUUCCAAUUCACCAUCAGAUGAUGGUUUCUUGUGUCACUUACUUAUGGUCCAGGUCUCUGAAGAAUUCAUUGAUCAACUUUCUUGGAAUUGUGCCUAUAAGAGCAUAUUACUUGCCUCUUUUUAAUUUAUUCUUCAAGUUAAUGAUUAAUGGAUACUCGUCAUUCUUGGACACAUUCAUUGGAAUUUUAGGGGGAUACCUUUAUCAGUGUAUUCAAUCGAAUACGCUUCCUAUCUACAAUUUGUAUUCGGGCUCUUAUUCUUCAAGUUUAACUGCAACAGAGAGAAGCGGAAGAAGAGUUGGAAUUAAUCAAAUAUCCUUCGAUAAUAAUAGCUCGCAGGAUUUCAUAAAUGACUCAAUUUUCGAUAAAGGUUACUUGAAAGCUCCUAUUUGGCUUUAUAAUCUAUUGAACUACCCAAUUAACACAUCGAAGAGAACGACGGCAUUCGAUGCCCGUCCGGAGGUAGGAUCAGAACGAGUUUCUCCUAUAUCUGGCCAGCUGUCUGGGGCUGGAACGAACCAUUCUACAGUACCAUUGUUUGGUAAUAACGGUAGUGCUUUUAGAGGAAAAGGACAUAGAUUAGGGAACUAA